AAAUUCGGGUAUUUUCAAAUUUCAGUUUGCUUACAAAAGAGUUUGAUGUAAUAACUUUUCAAUAGCGACUUUCUCUGUAACGUCCAUUUGGAAUAUUUCGAAAUAUUCAAGAAACAUUGGCAUGCUCCAUUUUCUAGAGUGUAGCCCUCUAGCGCCACAAUCCAAUCGAUUCCCGCUGCUACGUGCAUUCCGAGUCCGACUUUCGAUCCACCAUGUUGCGUUUGAGCUCGCUCCUGACCAUCGCCUUUGCCGUGGUGCUGUCCUCCGUCGCCGUUUUCGUCUCCGCGGAGGUAGUCAACUUCCUGACUUGCGAGGAUAGCGUGGACACCUGUGCGAUUCAGCAGGUGCGGGUGACGCCCUGUCCGGAGGCCACUGCCAAUGCCGCUUGCCACAUCCGCCGCAGGCACCGCUUCACGAUGAGCUUCGACUUCACGCCCCGCUUCGAUGCCGACUCCCUGAAUGCCACCUUGGGUUGGGCCAAGAGCGAGAACGUGGAGCUGCCACUGCUGAGCAUGGACCGGGAGGCCUGCAAGUACACACCCUGCCCCGUGAGAUCCGGAGUCACCCAGACGUACACCACCACCAUGCCCGCCGAUGCCAGGUUCCCGCUGAGUCCCUACACCAUCCGCUGGGCUCUGAAGGAUCCGGUUUCGGAGAAGCGCUGCUGCUUCACCAUCGACAUCAAGGUGGUGCGCUAGGCAGCAGCUCUGCCAUGGAUGCUCCACCAAAUACUUGGAUUACUACAUGCAUAUUCCUUUUUUUUUUUUUUUUAAUUAUCACUGGCAAGUGUAAUUAACGGCACCUGUUCAUUAUCUGUAAAGGGUAGACUCGCGGUAUGCCCACUAAUUGGACUCGUUUGACCUUGGAUUUGUCAGGCUGAUGAAACUGAACAGGGGGAUGCGGCUGAUAAGAGUUUUCAUUUUGAAGUGACUAAUUAGGUAGAGCAUGCCAAUCAAAUGAAGGGUUCUAUACUUCAGUUGUUACUAACCAAUUGUUUCUGGUUGAAAAUUUAAAUAUAAAUAAACCAAUUACUAAUCCUUUUGAAACAGCCA